AUGGAAAAUUACUUAGGUGAUGAAACAAACAACAACAAUAACAUGAAAAACAAUUCAUCUUCUUGUAAUUCAAAAAAGGGAAAGAGUUCAGAGAAAACAAAACAGCCUCAAAGAGGUCUUGGUGUUGCUCAAUUAGAAAAAAUUAGGUUACAUACCCAAUUGGCUAGUAUGGGCAUCUAUCCUAACCCUCAACUUUCUUACCCCGAUACUUUUUUUAGUUCUUCAUUUCAGGUUCCUGAGGAGUUGAGGAUUCAAGCUGAGUAUCAAGCAGCAUUACAGCAAUCAUCCACGGGAGGAGUACCGCCUUCAUUUUGUUACCCUUCGGUGCCGCCUUCAUAUGCUUACCUGUACCAUCCCAAUAACUACAUGAUAGGAAUGGAAAAUCGUAUCGAAAGGGGAAGCGACAUCAGAUAUGCUGAAUCCCAGCCAUGUAAUACAACGAGGUUGAAUCCUAAUGACAACUUUUACAUGGUCCGGGAGACCGAACAACUGCCUCCUCAACCAGCAGGAAUAAUUACUAGGCAUCUUUUAAGCAAUGUUGAGAAAAACCCUAGUAGCAAGAGUUUUAACGAGGCGAUGAACUUUAGCAACCCAAAUUCGGAAGCAAGUGGAAGUGGUUUAGAUGUGGAUUUGGAGCUUAAAUUGUAA